UUCCUCACGCUCCUGAACUCUUUCAACGCUGCUGACAAAUUUCAUUGCGAAGGUUAAGCACUCUUAAAACGACACGCAAUUAACACUAAAAAAAUUGGAGAAUACUAGUGGUUGAAGGGGAGGACAACUGAAUGAAAGACCAGGGUACGUUAGUCCGCAAAGUGGCUCCAGAGCCAAAAAAAGACCUUCUGCCGGAUAGAGUGAAAGCGAAAAGAAGCAAAUGACUGAGCGAGCGAGCUAGAAAAGGAAGAGGGCGGUCCAGAGAAGUAACUUUGUAAAGAGAGAAGUUGUCAAUUCGCUGCUUUCCGCACCCUCGCGACAGCCACACUUGCAACACAAACUCGUAUUGCUAAAGUGCCCAGGAAAUUUUGUUUGGUUUGUUUAAUAGUUUCAGUGUGAUCAGAAGAGGAGGACUAGCUUUACCGCGCUUGUGUCGUCGUCUGAGAAUCACCUCUAAAAAGAAAGGAGGCGUAUUGCAGGAAGAUACGAGACUUCACCUUUACGCCUUUGCAAUAAGAGUGUUUGCUUUAGACUGCUGAUAUUCCAGCGUCACUCUGUUGUUGUUACGUGUGUGGUUUUUGUUUGCUUUUAAACCCACAGAGCCGUAUUCCUAGCAUUACUUUAAAAGCAGGAGAGAAAGUAAACGCACAGUUAACCUGUCCUCAUCUCCGCCCCCUGCCCUUUUUGCCUCUUGUUCCCACGCACCGUUGACUCUGGGAUUUGCUGCUUAUCAACUGGAAACACUUUUAAAGUGAAAUGGUCCGGUGGUUUCACAGAGAUUUAAGUGGAAUUGAAGCUGAAACCUUGUUGAAAUCUCGAGGUGUACAUGGAAGCUUUCUUGCUAGACCAAGCAAGAAGAAUGCUGGAGAUUUUUCUCUCUCUGUGAAAGUUGGAGAGGUGGUGACUCAUAUUCGUAUCCAGAACACUGGUGACUACUAUGACCUGUAUGGUGGGGAGAAGUUUGCCACAUUAUCUGAGCUUGUGGAAUACUAUACCACUGAACACGGAACCCUGCAAGACAAAGAUGGCACAAUCAUUGAACUGAAAUAUCCUCUUAACUGCUCUGACCCUACCAAUGAAAGGUGGUAUCAUGGGCAUCUCUCGGGACCCGCCGCUGAGAAACUGCUCUGGGAGAAGGGGGAGCCUGGUACCUUUCUUGUCAGAGAAAGUCUUAGUAAGCCAGGUGAUUUUGUUCUAUCCAUUCUGUCUGAUGAAAUAAGAGAAAUUAACAAAGAGCAAAAGUACAGAGUGUCACAUGUAAAAAUAAUGUGCCAGAAUGAUCGGUACACAGUGGGUGGCACAGAGAGCUUUGAAACUCUUACUGAUCUUGUUGAACAUUUUAAGAAAGUUGGUAUUGAAGAAGUCUCUGGAGCCUGGGUGUACUUAAAACAGCCGUACUAUUCCACACGGGUGAAUGCUGGAGACAUUGAUAAGCGAGUUCAGAUACUCGCUGAGACAGGGGAGGUGGCUAACAAAGCAGGGUUCUGGGAAGAGUUUGAUGCUCUUCAAAAACAGGAGGCCAAGGUUAAAAAGAGCAGAGAAGAAGGAAUGAGGCCUGAAAACAAAAGCAAGAACCGCUACAAAAACAUUCUUCCAUUUAAUGAAACCAGAGUCAUUUUAAAGUCUGGGGAUCCAAAUAUUAUUGGUUCAGAUUAUAUCAAUGCUAACUAUGUCAAGAAUUUACUGACUGAAUCCAAUUUCCGCAAAGUCUACAUUGCUACCCAGGGAUGCUUAAUGACCACUGUCAAUGAUUUCUGGCAAAUGAUUUGGCAAGAGCGUUCUAGAGUUAUAGUAAUGACAACUAGAGAGGUUGAGAAAGGAAGGAACAAAUGUGUUCCCUACUGGCCAGAAGUGGAAACCAUGAAAGAAUAUGGAAAAUAUAUUGUGCACCACAUCAGUGAGCAUGAUGCCUUGGACUACAAGAUUCGCAUUCUUGAGAUUUCUCCAGUUGACAAUAGUGAUGAUACACGGGAAAUUUGGCAUUACCAAUAUUUGAGCUGGCCAGAUCAUGGUGUACCAGAAGAGCCAGGUGGAGUGUUGAGUUUCUUGGAACAAGUUAAUGCCAAACAACAGGAGAUCCUUGGAGCUGGCCCCAUUGUGGUACACUGCAGUGCUGGAAUAGGACGAACAGGGACCAUUAUAGUAAUUGACAUGUUGGUAGAUACCAUUAACAUUAAAGGUGUUGAUUGUGACAUUGAUAUCCAAAAAUCUAUUCAGAUGGUUCGUGAACAACGUUCUGGAAUGGUGCAGACUGAAGCGCAGUACAAGUUCAUAUAUAUGGCAGUCUCUCAAUACAUUGAAACCACUAAGAGAAAGCUAGAAGAGAUUGGGAAAACAGAAACAGAGUAUGGCAAUUUGAAAUAUCCCACAGCCCAACACGGUAAAGCAAGCCGCAAAUCGUCCAGGAACAAGGAUGACACUUAUGAAAAUGCUGGGCUUAAGGGGGGUAAGAAAGAUGAUAAAAUGAAGAAGCAAAAAUCUGAAGAGAAGGGAAAAGCAGGAAAUCCUGGUUCAGUGAGGAAGAGGUAGAAUCCUCAAGGUGAGGAGCAGCACAGUAGGACCCGUUCUGGAGAGUAACACAAAUGUGAUGUGUGAAAGAGAACUUACUCUCUUAAAAUUUUCUUUUAGAUUUCAUAUUGAUGUUCUCGCCACACAAGGAAACAACAUAGCAGACAGUAUAAGAAAGAUGUUACUGCUUUUCCGGUUUAUGUUUGCAGUUUACAUGGGACAGGCAGUGCUGGCAGUCAUGAAAAAAACAGGAUGUCUUAGCUACUUCUGCUUAGCUAUGCGCUGUUUACACAUUUGCCUAAACUUGUCACAUUUCUACAUUACCUUGCUAAUAUAAAUUCAAUGAACAGGAUGUAAUAAAAUUACAAUUUACAUUUAUUUUGGUGAGUCUAAAAUAUAUUUUCAAAAAUGUGAGUGAAAUCCAGAAGUACUGAUGCAUUGAGAAAUGAAGGUUUGUUUGCUGUUUAUGUAUUAAUGAAUUUUGUUGUUUUUGUAAUUUAUAAAUAAAAAUGGACUUUGCUGCAA